CUGAGAAACAGGGAUUGACUCUCCUUUUAAGGAAACCGAGGAAAGAGAGAAUGUCAGAUUUGGCGAUAAAGCUGUUUGGGACGACGAUUCCACUGCAAGUCAAUCAGCAGCAGGAGGAUGUGUCUUGUGCUAAUAAUAAGUACGAGUCUUCCUCAGGAACACCAGUUGCCCCUCCUGAGUCUGACGGCUCUUGUGAUAACACUUCUACUUCCUUACAUGAAAACGACAAGUCUCGUAAGGAACAGGAAGAGCAAGAAGGCAACAACGGGGAGUCUUCAGGAGAGGAAAUUGCCAAUGAUAAACAAGAAGAUGUUACCUCGAAUCAGAUCACUGAAGACUCAAAAGAUCCAGUGUCAUCAGGCAUUAGUGAGAAUCCAGACACUCCCUCAGUUGAGAGGGAAACUUCAUCACUGAAAAGCAGUAGGAAUGAAGAACAAAGUGAGACAAGCAUCUCACAAGAAAAGACUCUGAAGAAGCCUGACAAAAUACUUCCAUGUCCUCGAUGUAAUAGCAUGGACACUAAAUUCUGUUAUUACAACAAUUACAAUGUCAAUCAGCCUCGUCAUUUCUGUAAAAAUUGUCAGAGAUACUGGACUGCUGGAGGAACCAUGAGGAAUGUGCCUGUGGGAGCUGGACGGCGCAAGAAUAAGAGCUCUUCUGCUUCACAUUAUCGUCACUUAAUGGUACCAGAAGCUCUCCGAACAGCUCAAGUCCAUGCCAUGAAUGGAAUUUAUAACCCCUCUUUGGGAAACAACAGCACUGUCCUUACCUUUGGUUCCGAUUCUCCUCUUUGUAAAUCUGUUGCCUCUAUGUUGAACCUUUCAGAGAAAACACAAAAUAGCGUUCGAAAUGGGUAUCAUAGACCUGAACAUAGUAUCUUUGAAUCUUGUGGAAGGGCAGGAGGUGAUGGGGAUGAUCACUCAAGUGGAUCUUCUGCCACGGCUUCGAAUUCAUCAGCGAAGGGAUGUAAUGGCAGUUCGCGAGAAGCAGCUAAUCAGGAUUAUCAAUCCAUUCCUCCCCAGAUACCCUGCUUCCCGGGCCCUCCCUGGCCAUAUCCAUGGAACUCUGCUAUGCCUCCACCAACGUUUUGCCCUUCAGGCUUUCCAGUAUCGUUUUACCCUGCACCAACUUACUGGGGUUGUACUGUUCCAAGCCCUUGGAAUGUACCGCCACAUGUAUCUCCUCCAUCACCCUCUCUGAACCACUGUACUCAAGGCUCCGGUCCUACUUCUCCACUGGGGAAGCAUUCAAGGGAUGGCAACAUCCUUAAUCCAGCCUACUUAGAAGAGCCCUCGAGGGCGGGCACCAAAUCAGAGAAAGGUGUUUUGGUUCCGAAGACAUUGAGGAUUGAUGAUCCUAGUGAAGCUGCAAAGAGCUCUAUAUGGGCGACCCUCGGGAUCAUGAGUGAAAAAUCCAAUUCUAUUAACGGAGGAGGUCUCUUUAAGGGCUUUCAAUCAAAAAACGAAGAAAGAAAUUACAUGGCUGGAACAACUUCAGUGUUGCAAGCAAACCCUGCUGCCUUGUCCCGGUCUCUCAAUUUCCGUGAGAACACUUGA